AUGUUGGAUUGGGAUAAGUUGAAAUGUAAGGCAUUAGCAGAGUUAGCGGAUUUCAAUGGAAAAACUUACGAAACAAAACUUAACCAAAGAGCGAUUAAACAAGCGAAAGUUUUACAUGAUACAGAGGAAUUAAAAGAAUGUUUAUGGGAUUUACUAGACCAUAAUUUCUUUGGAUAUGGCGGAGACGAAUUGCCGAGGGAAGUAUGGGAUUUUAUUUUAUUUAUCCUUAUGGAAUUACCAAAAAAUACCGAAAAAACAAGGUUAGAUUUAGAAUAUGUGGCGGAUUAUUAUGGAUUUGACAGAGAGGAUAUUUAUUUAAAAAGAAUAUGCCAAGCAGAAGUCCAAGUAAGCGAAGCACAAUUUUAUAAAAGUAAAGGGCAUUGUAAAUCUUGCUAUUAUGUGAGAUUUGAAAAGCCAAAAUUAAUGAAAAAGAUUUUUAAAGAAAUAAACAAAAAAAACAAAAUGAAUAUAACGAAUAAUAAUUAUUGUUUAAUAGACGGAGACGGAAGCAGAGAUUUAACCCCAUGCGUGGGUUGUAAAAAGUUGGUAGAGGAUAGGUAUUUAUGUAGCGAAGUGGAAAGCAGAGAAGCGGAGGAAUUAAAAGGUAUAAUUAGUGAUAUUAACGACCAAAAACAAGAAGCGAAAGUUAAAUUAGAGGAAUAUUUAAUUAGAAAUGGAGAAGUUAAAGAGGGUUUUGGUGAAUUCGAUAUGAAUACUAAAAACGAAAACAAAGCAAGAAAAGAUUUUGUAAAAAAUUACAUAGAAAAUAAAGAAACAAAAGAAUUAAAGGAUUUAGAAAAAAGUUUAAAGGUUAUAAUUAAUGACUUGAAAAACAUUGUUCUUUCGGUUAGAGAUAAAAAAUUUUUGGAACAAACCAAAGCAGAAUUAAAAAUUGUUAGAAAAGCAUUGAGCGAGGAUAAAAAAUUAGAAAAGUUGAUAGCAGAAGUGGAGCAAGAAAGUUAUAGGGCGACUUAUGAUAUUGUAAACGCAACAUAUCCUCUCCCCAAUGUCUUUUUAAUUAAGGAUGAAAUAGAACCAUUAACUAGCAGAACGGGAUUUUUCCCCGAACAAGAUACCGAUUUUAGAAUUACAUUGAGAAAUGAUAUUAUUGAUUACUAUGGAGGAGACGAGGACGAUUACCACCAAAAACUUUUAACUGGUGAAAUAACACCCCGAGAAGUAGGAGAAGCGGUGGCAACUUUAUAUGUCAGCAAAGUUUUUAAUAAAAAUGGAGACUUGUAA